UUCGGUGCACGAGCGCGACGAGAGAAACACACGACCGAAACGACGACGAAGGCGACGAAGGACCGUGGCCCUUUCGUCUCGCAGGUCUCGCAUUCCGUGAAAUCCGUGCGCGACUUACGCGGCGACCGCGUCCCCAGCACCUGGUGCGAGCAGCGUGCGCGAAUCGUCCGACGGAUGCCCGUAUGCGCCGCGCGCGCUGAGCCAGGAGCCCCCUUCGCGACCAGCGGCAGCGCAUCGGCGGCGGCGGCAGUGGCAGUGUAUGCUGAUAGCGGGCGGCGCGCGCGACCACCACCGGCCCCACCGAUGGCGGGCGUCUCCGACUGCUUCACGCUCGGCAGCACCGUGUGGUGCCGGACGUGCCACAACAAGGAGAUUGAGGGCGAAGUGAUGGCGUUCGACCUGCAAACCAAGAUUUUGAUACUGAAAUGUGCCUCACCAAAUGGGCCAAACAACCUGAAUGAUGUCAACUUCAUCAAUCUGGCACUGGUUAAGGAACUCCAGGUGAAGAAGGAAGUUACCACUGCUCCAGAUGUGCCUGUUUCCCUAAAUCUGCAAAGGUUGAAUACACGAAUUCGUAACUCCGUGGAGGAAAAGAAGCGCCUGCUGACGAAGAUGUCGUCGAACGUGACGCCGGAGGGGCAGCGCCUCUUCCGCGCCAUCGCCAAGACCAUCAAGGAGGUGCGAUGGAACAACAACGACAUUGUCGUCUUCGACAAGGUGACGAUAUCGCCGCCCUACCAGCUGGAGAACGUGCGCGGCCGCGCCGAGAGCCGAGAGUUUGAGUACAUUACGAAAGUGGUCGAAAAACAUGUAAAAGACACAGCGCUACAAAACCAAUCUCUGAAUCAACAGCAACAGUCACACCAGCAGCAAGUGAACAGUUUGCAAUAGACAACAUCAACUCCAUCAACAACAACAACAUAAACAAACCGUUACAAAGUUAUCAGUUUAACUUUAACCAAAAUUCAAAAAACAAAUCUGUAGAGUUUCAAAGAAUUUCAACGCAUGUUGACGCUAAAACAACGCCACACACACAUACACUACACAAAAAUAUUACAUUUAUUACAAUUUGUUAUCCUUUUGUUUUCUUUUUCUUGUUUUACUUCUUAUACACACACACAUACACAACACAUACAAACAUCUUAUACAAAUUGGCAAUGACGUAAAUUUUUCACUUUUCUGUACGAAAUGAAGAUUCCGGUCGAUCUAUGGACGUUUUUUGUUAUUAAGUUUCUUUUGUUUUUUUAUUAUUUGAGAAGAAAUUGAAGCGAAUGGCCGGCGCCAUUUUGUUUAUGAAGUUUAGGGCAAAUGGGACAACACUUAGUUUAAUAUGUCGACUACAUGCAGUACAAGCGCGUUUGUGAACCGGCGCAUGAACGAAAAUUGAGGAAAAUGUCUACAAAAAAAUGGAAAAAUAAAUUUAUAAAUACAAA